CAGCGCUUGGAGUGUAAGGGGUGUCUUAUGGAUGGCCAAGGGAAAUCAGCCGAGUUGGCACUGACCCCUCAGCCUACACCGAGCUCUCAAACGCGCCCCGAAUAACCGCAGAUCGCGCUUCCAGGCCUGACACGGAUGUACGGAAUCACAUUGCGAUGAGGACAGCGCGCGCGGCUACACUGACGCUGCAGGAGAGACACGAGAAUCCCAUGAGCCGCUGCUGACAAGACUGGAGAAGGAGAGCAGAAAGCCGGUGGUGGGGAGGAGGAGGCUGCGGCUUCUGCUUCCCGGAGAAAAACCAUGCCUCUGGCUAUCUGGCUGCUGGGACUCAUGUGUCACCUUGCUGGACUCGCCUGGAGCUUGCGCAUGCAUCGACUGCACCCAAAGCAAGAAAAUUUCGUCAGGCAGCUGUCCUCGUACGAAAUAGUAACGCCGGUUCGUGUGAACGAUUUCGGCGAGUUGUUCCCGCAGCAGCUGCACUACCGGCGCAGGCGGAGGAGCGCGGACUCGGACCUGGCGGCGGCGCUGCGCGCGCACUACCGCAUCGAGGCGUUCGGUGAGCGUUUCCACCUGAACCUGAGCGCCGACGCGGCCUUCAUCGCGCCCACUUACGCAGUGACGCACCUGGGCGAGCCGGACAGCCGAGGACACGACCCCGAGGACAUGCGACACUGUUUCUUCCAAGGACACGUCAAUGGACAACGCCGGCACCGUGCCGUCUUCAGCUUGUGCACCGGCCUCAUUGGUACGUUUACAACCCACAGCGGAGAAUACUUCCUAGAACCUCUAAUGACAGCUGAUGAGGAGGAGUAUGAGGAAGAACACAACAAACCUCAUCUGGUAUACAAACACGAGAGGAAGAAGACACAGGACAGCGACACGUCCGAGCCUUGUGCAUCUUCAGAUCACAUGAAAGAGCGUAAUCAUUUCCAUAGCAAUGGAAGUAUUGAAGAAGAUGUCAAGUUAGUAUGGGAAAAUAUGGAUAAACAUCUUCCUGGGAUACAGCAGUCAACUUCCAAAAAUCAUUCCAGUGGCAGCAGGAGAAAACGCUUCCUGUCUUAUCCGCGCUUCGUAGAGCUGAUGGUCACGGCCGACGCCAAGAUGGUGCGACAUCACGGACGCAACCUGGAGCACUACAUUCUAACAAUCAUGUCAGUAGUAGCUGCAGUUUACAAAGAUCCCAGCGUUGGAAACCUCAUCAAUAUAAUGAUCGUCAAACUGAUCAUUAUUCACAAUGAGCAGGAAGGGCCAAAUGUGAACCGCUAUGCUGCUGCAACGCUACACAACUUCUGUGUGUGGCAACAAGGUCAGAAUGUUCUAGAUGACAGUCAUCCCUCUCAUCAUGACACUGCUCUGCUCAUCACCAGGGAGGAUAUCUGUCGGGAAAAAGACAAAUGUGACACAUUAGGUCUGGCAGAGCUGGGUACAAUGUGUGACCCAUACCGAAGCUGCUCCAUCAGUGAAGAGAACGGCCUGAGCUCCUCCUUCACCAUUGCCCAUGAACUGGGCCAUGUCUUCAACAUGCCUCAUGACAAUCACCCAAAGUGCCGGGAAGCAGGAAUGAAGCAUCAGUAUCAUGUCAUGGCCCCGACUCUAAACUAUGAUACCAGUCCAUGGUCCUGGUCCAAGUGCAGUCAAAAGUACAUCACAGAAUUUCUAGAUACUGGUUAUGGGGAGUGUUUGUUGGAUGAACCAGUUGGGAGGUCCUAUGAUCUCCCUGUCAAGCUCCCGGGUCAAAUCUACAAUGCUAAUCGCCAGUGCGAACUCAUGUUUGGACCAGGAUCCCAAGUCUGCCCGUUCAUGAGACAAUGUAAGAGGCUCUGGUGCACCAGCGCUGAAGGGGACCAUAAAGGCUGCCGAACACAGCACAUGCCCUUGGCUGAUGGAACUGAAUGUGGAUAUGGGAUGCACUGUAGGCACGGUAUGUGUGUGACCAGAGAGAUAGAGGCAAGGCCGGUGCAUGGUGAGUGGGGACCGUGGGGACCCUACAGUGUGUGUUCCAGGACCUGUGGUGGUGGUACACGCAGCACAUCUAGAGACUGCAACAGACCUGAGCCGAGGAACGGCGGGCGCUUUUGUGUGGGACGCCGCAUGAAGUUCCGCUCCUGUAACACAGAGCCGUGUCCAAGGGGACGGAGAGACUUCAGAGAGGAGCAGUGCUCACAGUUCGAUGGCAAACAUUUCAACAUCAGUGGUCUACCAUCCACCGUCCGCUGGGUGCCUAAAUACAGUGGCAUCCUCAUGAAGGAUCGAUGUAAGCUGUUCUGUCGUGUUGCUGGGACCAUGUCCUACUACCAGCUGCAAGAUCGAGUGGUUGAUGGAACUCCUUGUGGUCCUGACACUUAUGACAUCUGUGUUCAAGGCCUUUGCAGGCAAGCAGGCUGUGACCAUGUUUUGAACUCCAAAGCCAGGAAUGAUAAGUGUGGAGUGUGUGGAGGGGACAACUCCUCCUGUAGGACUGUCGCUGGCACCUUCAACAAUGCACAAUAUGGUUAUAAUGUUGUGGUCCGAAUCCCAUCUGGUGCAACCAAUAUUGAUAUAAGGCAAGUCAGCUACUCAGGAACACCCGAAGAUGAUAACUACCUCGCUCUUUCUGACAGCCAGUCAAAUUUCCUGCUGAAUGGGAACUUUGUCGUGUCCAUGUUUAAAAGGGAAAUCUCCUUCAAAGGAACACAGUUCGAGUACAGUGGCUCCAACACCACGGAGGAGCGAGUCAACUGCACCGAACGCGUGGAAGAGGAGCUCAUUCUACAGGUUUUGUGCGUGGGGAACCUUUAUAGUCCUGAUGUACGUUAUUCCUUUAACAUUCCUAUAGAGGAACACCAAGAGCAGUUUGUAUGGGACCCCUCAGGCCCCUGGCAGGAGUGCAGCCGCAUGUGCCAAGGAGAGCGACGGAGAAAACCAGUGUGUGUACGUAAGAGUGAUCGCCUGGUGGUGUCAGAUCAGAGGUGUGAGCAUCUUCCUCGACCAAGAGGGGUUCUGGAGUCCUGCAAUAUAGACUGUGAACUUAGGUGGCAUGUGGCAGGUAAGAGCGAGUGCUCCGCUAAGUGUGGGCCUGGGUAUCGUACGCUGGAAGUGAUGUGCAUGCGCUACAGCCAGGUGAAGAGAGAGAGUGAGAGACUGGAAUCUCGAGCGUGUGCAGAUCUAACCAAACCUCAGAGCCGUGAGCUCUGCCAUGGAGACUGUCUGCUGAAGAGCUGGCAGUACAGCGCCUGGUCUCAGUGUUCUAAGAGCUGUGGCCGAGGCACCCGCACUCGCGACUCCUACUGCAUGAACAAUCUCGGCCGCAGACUGGCAGAGCAUGAGUGCAGCGAGUACCAGAGAGCCGUCUCUGAACCCUGUAAUGACACGCCAUGUCCUGACUGGUCCAUCAGCGAGUGGACAGAGUGCACUGUGACGUGUGGGAAGGGAGUGAGGCGCAGACAGGUGUUCUGUGUUUUAGCAGAGGAGAGGCUCAGCGACGAGCUCUGUGAUACCAAUAGCAAACCCCGUACCAUUAGCAGCUGUGUGCAUUCAGAAUGUGCUUCCUGGCAGGUUGGCGCCUGGAGUACGUGUGCUGUGACCUGUGGCCAUGGAUACCAAAUGCGAGCAGUGAGGUGUGUGUCUGGUGCUUAUGGCAAGACCAUGGAUGACAGAGAGUGUAAUGCAGCAUCAAGACCACGAGAUAGCCAGGAAUGUGAUUUGCCAGCUUGUCCUCGUACAUCAUCAGCACUCAGCACACCACGACCUGCAGCAUCUGGACACUUACACACCCAGUGGAGAUUUGGGUCCUGGACUACAUGCUCUGUUUCCUGUGGGAAGGGUGAGAGAGCACGGUAUGUCAGCUGCAGAGAUUCUCAAGGACGAAUAGCCGAUGAGGCCUACUGCACCCAUCUUCCUCGACCUCCAGAAACCUCAGUGUGCUUCAGCCCCUGUGGCCAGUGGAGAGAGGGAGAGUGGUCACCAUGCUCUGUGUCAUGUGGUGUUGGUCGUGCUAAAAGGCAGGUGGUGUGUAUGAACUACAACCAGCAGGUGGAUGAAUCUUUUUGCCUCCUGGAUGAGAAGCCCAGCGCGGAGCAGGAAUGUGCCGCAGCUCCAUGCCACUCAGCCUACCAGCUCUGGCCUAAUAACCAGCCCUACUUUCCCCCUGACCCUCGCAGUCAUCCAGGGCACAGUAACUGGAAUGUUCCCUCAGCAGACCACCAGUGGAGGACUGGGCCAUGGGGAUCGUGCUCCAGUACAUGUGAGGGGGGUUUCCAGAGGAGAGUGGUGGUGUGUCAGGACUCAGAAGGUCGCAGCACUAAUUACUGUGAUGAGAGAGUCAAACCUAGCGAGUCUAAGAGCUGUGACUCAGGACCGUGUCCUCUGUGGAACUAUGGCAGCUGGGGAGAGUGUAGCCUGUCGUGUGGUGGCGGGCAACGGACUCGGCUAGUAGUGUGCCAGCGUCCGAACGGGCAGAGGCUGAACGAGCACAACUGUGAUAUGCUCGACAAACCUCCCGACGUGGAGCGGUGCAAUAUGCAGCCAUGCCCCGGCAGCGCUUCCUGGCACAGGAGACCAUGGAAGCCGUGUUCUGCAACUUGUGGCAAGGGGACCAUACAGAGGGACCUGGUCUGUGUUUACCACAACCAGACGGACACAGAAGAAGAACAGUGUGCACAUCUUCCCCGACCCAAGACACGCAAACUGUGCAGCGCAGGACCAUGUCCCAGCUGGAAAACCAACAAGUGGCAAGCGUGCACUGUCACUUGUGGGGUUGGAGAGCAGAAACGAGACGUGUACUGUAGGUUGAAAGGCAAAGGCCGUGUUGAAGAAGACAUGUGUGAUGCUCAUCUCCGCCCCAGCGGUUUGCAGCAGUGUUUAUCCCAUGAGUGCCAUGGCUAUAGCUGGUCAGCCAGUGAGUGGCAGGAGUGUAACGCUACAUGUGGAGAGGGUAUGAGACACAGGACAGUCCUGUGUGUGGAUGGAUCGAAGAAUCCUGUCUCCGAGAGACUGUGUGACCCCUCAAGCAAACCUGAACUUUAUCAGCCUUGCAUCGUCGCCCCCUGUCAGUAUGUCUGGGUAACUGCAACAUGGGCACAGUGCUCUGUGAGUUGUGGAGCAGGUUACCAGCAGAGGAUGGUGUCAUGCACUGCAGUACCUUCUGCUCCCAACCUACAGGUGUUCGGUGCUCAGUCGUAUACCCAGGUUUUGGCUUCAAAGUGCCCACAGCCUCCUCCACCAAACAUCCAACCAUGCCAGUUUCCAGUAUGCCUACUGCCUACGUCCUGGAAAGCUGGUCCAUGGGGCAAGUGUUCUCAGACGUGCGGUGCCGGAGUGAUGCAAAGGACAGUCGAGUGUCUCACCGAUAAACAUCUCCCCUCUGAAAACUGCUCGUUGUCCAGUCGACCUCAUUCUCAGGCAGCCUGCAGACUGAGACACUGUGAACUGGCGUCCAACUGCAAGGAGCUACAGAUGAGAGAAGAGAUAAGAAAAGAUGGUGAAUAUCACCUACGAGUUAAAUCGAGAGUCCUCCAGAUUUACUGUGCAGAAAUGCAGACCAACUUUCCAAAGGAGUAUGUGACCCUACGCAGUGGACACACUGACAAUUACUCAGAGGUGUAUGGAUACAGGCUGAAUAACCCCUUUGAGUGUCCACAUAAUGGCAGCAGACGUCAGGACUGUGCUUGCAGAAAUGACUAUCCUGCAGUGGGCUACACUCUUUUCCACAGAGUGAGACUAGACCUCAGCACCAUGCGAAUAAUCACCACAGACGUGCAGUUCUCUAAAACCCUUCUUGGCCAUCCUGUUCCCUUUGGCAGUGCUGGGGACUGUUACAGUGCUGCUAGAUGCCCUCAGGGUCAGUUCAGCAUCAAUCUCACUGGGACCGGACUGAAAGUGGCUGAAUUGACUAAGUGGGUUCCUCAAGGCAACUACGUCUCGAUCAAAGUCCAUCGAUCAGAGGAUGGAACACGUAUCUAUGGGCGCUGUGGAGGAUUCUGUGGAAAGUGUCUGCCUCAUCCUCAUACUGGCCUCCUUGUCCAAGUCCAGUGAAAGACUCAAAUCAUGUCUGCAAUUGCGCAGAAGAAAAUUUGCAUCAGGGUCGUCGGUCAGCAUUACUGCAAUGUUUAUUUUGUGAAAAAAUAAUACAUACUCUAGACUGCAUGAAUGCAUGUAAAGAACUAAAGCUCUUAUGUUACAUGCACUGUGGUUUGCCCUGCAGGUGUACUGGGACCUUUUGCCUCUCUUUAAUGGGAAAUGUCUUGCACAUUCUGUGUUGCUCUGUGGCAGCUCUGGUUAAUGAUCAUGACUGUAGUGAGCCACAGUUCAAGCUUUUCUCCAUAAUCACCAUGAGAAAUGUCACGUCCUCCUUCAAGCGCUCACAAACCCAGUGUCUGUGUCGUGUCAAAACUACAGAUAUGUGUCAAUAAUUAGUAACAUGCACAAUAUCACAUAUCAGUCAUAUUGUGCCUGGCUGUUUUUCAUUUGAGACUAGGACAAAUUAGUAGCCAAUAUUCUCCCUGUAUAAACCACGUUCUGUCUGGAAGACACUGUAAGGAUCCUAGUUUUUGUCAUAGUCACAUUAACCAUAAAAGAGCUUCUGUUGGAACCUCUGUUGUCUUGUUGCAGGACAGACUCAUGCCACACAAGUAUUUAUUCCUAACCAGGGAAAACUGCAGAAAUAUGGUCAGUCAAUAUGCAAAUACACCGAUUAAAGGUUCAGUUCAGAUUAAGCGAGAGCUACGUACGGCUUUCAGAAAAGAACCCUGUUUCUGUAAUUUCACUGUAACGGAGCGAUGUUUGCUUUCAUCACAAAAGUAUGUGAAAUAAUGUUGACUUUUUACACAUACAUUUGAUAAACUUGGCAAAUAAUUUGGACAGCGUAUCCUCCAAAAGGGAUUAUUUGAUAAUUGUGGAAAUAUUUGGCUCCAAGGCUUAGCCAGGAGUAAAAAAUAAAUAAAUACUGAAAAAUUGUCCCCUCUAUUCAUGUGUAACAUCACUGACUGAGGGGUAGUAGAUAUAUAUAUAUAUAUAGGUAUAUAUAAGGUACUGUAAUAUUUUUGGUUUUAUUAAACAGAUUUUAAAAGAAAAGUAUAACCUGACAACAGCGAGAAAUAAAAACCUGGAAUUGAAAAUGAACAUAGCAAUAAACAAUCAUGUUUGCUCUGUUUGAGCAACAUUAGUGUUCACAUGAUCCUAAUGAUCAGGUUAGGAUUCAGAGUUAUAAAUCCACCACACUACCACGAAGCACUGUACAGAACUGUGAAAUAAAUCUGCUGUAGGGUUGAAGGAAGUGUAAAUCAGAUUUAUUGCUAUUAUUGUACAUAGCCAAGAAAGUGAAGAUCUUGAGGGGGAAAAAAAUAAUUUAUAGUAAAGAUGGGUGUGGUUAUAUUGUUCCGAUUUUUUUUUUUUCCCCCUGCCACCGUGGUGUUGUUGUUGUUGCAAUUCGAUGUGCUUUACAACAUGAAAAAUCGGGGAAAAAAAAGUUAUAGGUUAUUUUCAUCAUCAUUUUCAAACAAUAAAGUAAUUAAUUUAGCUAGUUAUGUGUGUUCCAGAUGCAGACGGCUGUGAUAACCAGUGACAGAAUAACAAUCUGACCCUACCUCCUGCAAAGUUGGUUAUUCAAAAUCUGUAUUUUUUUCUAUGUAUUUUUUUUGUUGUUGCUAUUUAUAUAUGACAAUAUUUAUAUUGUAAUGAUGUAUGUACAUUAUUUUUGCUGCAUAUGACUACUACCGAUGGCAAACCCUUAGGUUUCACUGUAUGUUACAGAAACGGCAUUACGUUUUUUAAAGUGUUCGAAAUUGAUUAACUUUCUAAACGAGUAUUAAAUUGCUGGUGCUUUUUUACUACUGAAAUUACCUCUACAAUCGGGCUUAAAAUAAGCGGUCGAGAAGUUCUUAUUAUUAUUGACGUAACAGAGACUUGCGGUACAUGUCAUUUCAUGCUCAGGUGUGGUGUUGGCAUGUUAACGGAGUGUGUUUGCACCACAUGUAACAGCUGCCACUUUGCCUUUUGAUGUUAGUCAGUGGCAGUAACCAGGAGGGAUUUGGAAACAAACUGAUCUGGCACUAUACUUAGACCAAAGUCUUGUCUUGUAGGUGCAUGCACUCCAAUCAUGGGACCUUCACAUGUAAGUUCAGUUCACUUUGGUUUUUAAGUAGAGCCAGUCUUAUAUAAUUCUUUGAGCAGCUAACAAAACAUUGCUUAUUGUUGUUUUUGAUAGGCAACUGAACUCUUGAGGUCUGUAUCAGAAAUAAAAUGAAAUUAAAAUAAAAAACAAUUACUAGAUGCACAAUGUGCCAAGAAAUGUGUAGAUCUGAACAUGUCAUAUCAAGUUGUAAUAUUUUUUUUAACGUGUAUACUUGAAAUGCAAAUAAUGCAUACUGAUUAUGUCUAGAUUGUGUCAGCAAUGGGCCCAUUGGCCAUGUAUUAUCCAAAGAUGUUUUACAGAGGCCUAUUUGACCUGUGUAUGUUUGGUGUGUAGAGGUUUUAUAAUGAAAUCGUGAAUUUUGGUGCUAUGUUUAGUAGUGAGAAAGGCUUUAUGAUCAAUCCUGUCUGACAUGCCACUGUACUAACUCUAAUUUAAAAGAGCAAUAAAAGAGUUUAAUUC